AUGGAAAGAACUGCUGUUUCCACUUCACUGCUCUCCAUCUGCCUCAUCCUGAUUGUGUGUUGCUGUUCCCUGGCAGUUAGUUUUUGCCCAGCACAGUGUGUUUGUGAAACCCGACCGUGGUACACCCCUCAGUCUGUGUACCAUCAGGCGAAGACUGUGGACUGCAAUGAGCUCCAUUUAUGCGCCAUCCCACAAAACAUAUCUGCUGACACUCAAGUGCUACUCCUCCAAAGCAACAACAUCUCAGUGGUGACUUCAGAACUGCAGAGUCUUAUUAACCUUACAGAGUUGGACCUGUCUCAGAACCACUUCGCGCAAAUCCAAGAUGUUGGAUUGGGCAACCUGACCCAGCUUGUCACUCUUUACUUAGAGGAGAAUCAAAUUAAAGAACUUCAUGAUUAUUGCAUGAAAGAUCUUGUAAGCCUGGAGGAGCUUUAUAUAAACCACAACCAGAUCUCUUCCAUUGCUUCAAAUGCUUUCUCUGGUUUAGGGAACCUGCUUAGGCUUCAUCUAAAUUCCAAUAAACUGGUGGCUAUUGAUAGUCAAUGGUUUGAACCCCUUCCAAACCUGGAGAUUCUCAUGAUAGGUGAAAACCCUAUCCUUGGAUUGGAAGAUAUGAACUUUCAUCCUCUUUCUAAACUGCACAGUCUGGUGCUGGCUGGAAUGGGACUUAAGGAAAUACCAGCUGGUGCUUUCCAUGGACUAGAAUAUCUUGAGAGUCUCUCAUUUUUCUACAAUAAGCUGACAUCGGUGCCCAGGGAUGCUCUUCGCGCUCUACCAAACCUUAAGUUUCUUGAUCUUAACAAGAACCCUAUUGUGCAUGUGCAGGAGGGUGAUUUUAAGGACUUUGCACACUUGGAGGAGCUUAGCAUGAACAACAUGGAUGAGCUGGUGGCAGUGGAGAGGAAUGCAUUCUCCAAACUCCCAAAGAUGGCUAAGUUGGAAAUUUACAACAACCCUCGUCUUUCAUAUAUUGACCGUGAUGCUUUUCAUGACAUGGCCAGCUUGCGUACAUUGCUGGUCCACAACAAUGAACUCACUCUUAUUCCUCAUGAGGUCUUUGCUUCUUUUCCCAACUUAGAUGAGAUCAGCCUCUAUAGCAACCCACUUAGGUGUGAUUGCCUUUCAAACUGGGCAUCAGUAUUUGGUAACCAGUCAAGCAUCAAGCUUCUGGAAUCUAAGAUCACAAUGUGUGCCUCUCCUCAGCACCUUGUUGGCCACUAUCUCCAGGACAUAGUGUCAAGUAGCUGGAACAUGGCAGGUAACACUUGUCUUCCAGUUAUAUCCGUACAUAGCUUUCCUUUCCAGUUUAACGUCACAGCUGGUCAGCACCUGACUCUGGACUGUCGUGCUGUGGGUGAUCCAGUUCCUCAGUUCUACUGGGUUACCCCUAUGGGAGACAAAGUUACCUCAAAAAAGGUUCCCCCAGCCUUAAAAGAGGGUGGCAGCACAACAAAAAAGCACAGGCUGCAGGACCAGGGUGCUUUGGAGAUCCUCUAUGUUGAACCAGAGGACGCUGGUCUGUAUACUUGUGUUGCAUGGAAUGCAGAUGGGGCAGACACUCGAAGCAUCUCUGUGUUUGUUGACAAGACCAACUGGCAUGACGAUCGUCAAGAAGCAGACCGGCAAUCCAGGGCGAACACCACAGGAGCCUUGGUAAUCUUGGCAAAAGUCAUCCAUGCACAGUCUGUAGUCCUGGAAUGGAAAGUCUACCCUUCUAGACGGAUCUCCAGCCAUGACAUUGCACAGCCCAAGUGGCUUAGUGCGACUAUGAAAAUCAACAACCCUCACAUCAGCUACACUGCAAAGGUCCCUGUGGAUGUCCAAGAAUACAAUCUUACCCACCUGCUGCCCUUGACAGAGUACCAGGUCUGUCUUACCAUGUCAUCCAUAGAGCAGCAAACUCAGCAAUCCUGUAUCAAUAUCACCACCAAGGAAGCAAGCUUUGCUGUCGAGAUGGUUGCCCAGCCGAGUAACGUUGCCCUGGCGGCCGUGAUGGGCUCCAUGUUUGCCAUCUGUAUCAUGGCCCUGCUGGUAUUUUACAUGGGUCGACGUAUCAAGCAGAAGUCCUGCCAUCACUCGUUAAAGAUGUACAUGCAACACACUACGGCCAUUCCACUCAAUGAGCUUUACCCACCACUCAUCAACCUAUGGGAGAAUGAAACAGAGAAAGAGAAGGAGGGCUCCGUCGACCCUCAGAACUCACAGAUAGACACCUCAAAGACGUACAUGUGGUAGUUCGGUUAUGGGGCAGGUAGAAAAAGACACUUCAGACAAAGUAUGUUUGGUGCUGUACAUAGAUGAUACUUGUAUGUAAUUACUUAUAAAGAUGUCAUUGUGAAAGAGG